AUGAGGGUGUACUCUCCAGACACUCUGAGUGAUGAGUCUCUCAGCAGCCCAGGUGUGGAGUGUGAUUACCUGCUUCCAACAUCCUUCGAAUCAUUCGUAGAAGGAGGCCUUGACCCCCCUCAGGAGGAUGCCAGAUCGGAGGGGGGCAUAAAUGAUGGGGGGAGGCAGAGGUUGGGCUUGGAGGACUGUGGUUCUCUGGAAGGCCCUGCCCUUAACAGUGGGACCUCACUGCCUCUGUCCCGUUCUCGCUCAGCAGACGAGCGCCGGCGCUUCUCUGCCUCUGAGCUCAUCUCUCGUCUACAACUCUCCCAGAGGAAAAACUCUUUUACCCUUAAGCUGGGCAAGUCUCUUUCUGCUCGUGUGGCCUCCCGGGACCGCCACCUGUCUGGAAACCUCAGCUCAGACUACAAACCCAACUCCAGACAUCGCUUCUCAGGUGACAGUGCACCACAUAGUCCAGUGGGGUCUGCACCACCUCUGCCCUCUGCUGACUGUAAUCUGCCACAGCAAAAGAGGAGUUCCAAGCAACGUAUGAGAAAGGUUUCCAUUGAUGAGGAUGGAGACAGUCCUCCCAGUAGCUCUAAACGCCUAUCACGCUUCUUGCCGAACUUGAUUUUGUAUCAGGAAUACAGUGAUGUUGCUAUUAACAGAGAGAUACAGAGGCAGCAAGGGGCGGAGCCAGGAACUGAUGAAGAAAGAGGAGACUCUGUGUCCUCUUGCAACCUGUCCCCAUCCAGUUCAUUCUGCUCAUCUCGAGGCUCCGCCUUUUCCCUUUGGCAGGAUAUUCCUGAUGUUCGGUCCAGUGGACAACUUGACAACUUCAGCAAUGAAGAGCGUAAACUGCAGGAGGCCAAGUUUGAGUUGGUGACGUCGGAGGCCUCAUACAUACGCAGCUUGUCUAUUGUAGUUGACCAUUUUAUGAUGUCUCCUGAGCUGUGUGAGUGUCUUGGGACACAGGAGAGGCAGUGGCUUUUCUCUAAACUGCCUGAUGUGAAAGAAGUCAGUGAGAGAUUUCUUCAAGAUUUGGAGCAUAGGUUAGAAGGGGACAUUCUGCGUUUUGAUGUGUGUGACAUUGUCCUUGACCACUGUCCUGCACUGCGGCGGGUUUAUCUGCCUUAUGUCACCAAUCAAGCCUAUCAGGAACAGACCUAUCAGCGGCUACUGCAAGAGAAUCCCCGUUUCCCUGGAAUCCUUGCCCGCCUGGAAGAGGACCCAGUGUGCCAGAGGCUGCCUCUUACAUCAUUCCUUAUCCUUCCUUUUCAAAGGAUCACACGCCUCAAAAUGCUAGUGGAGGUAUUCCACCAUGCUCUUCUAAAAGUGACAAAUAUCCUAAAGAGAACAACGCCUGGAUCACGAGAUGAGGACACUGCCACCAAAGCACUUAAUGAGCUUAAAAAGAUUAUAAAGGAAUGUAACUCCAGUGUGCAGUCCAUGAAGAGGAUGGAAGAACUAAUUCAUCUAAACAAGAAAAUUCACUUUGAGGGCAAGAUUAUAAAGGAAUGUAACUCCAGUGUGCAGUCCAUGAAGAGGAUGGAAGAACUAAUUCAUCUAAACAAGAAAAUUCACUUUGAGGGCAAGAUUUUUCCUCUCAUCUCUCAGUCUCGCUGGCUGGUCAAACAUGGUGAACUGCUAGAAGUCGACACACAGAACUUGAAUAUUUCUGGGUCUAAGUUUAAACUUACCACUCGGCCUGUGUACCUUCACCUGUUUAAUGACUGUCUUCUGUUGUCCAGAAGGAAGGACACGUGGAAGUUCAUGGUGUUUGUACAUGCAAAGAUUGAAGACCUCAAGGUGAAAGAUCUAAGCCAGAAACUUCAGGGAAUCUCAGGCUUCAUCUUCUAUCUGCAGUUAUGUGAGGGACAACAGCUAAAACACCAGAUCCUGCUCAAGUCACCCACAGAGAGCAGCAAACAGAGGUGGAUAACAGCUAUGUUUCCCUCCGAUCCAAAGACCGCUAUUGAGCAGACCAAUGAAAAUGAUGAUCUAUCUCAAGUCCAGUGCAUAAAGAGUUACCAGUCUCAGGAGCAUGAUGAGUUAAUGCUGGAGAAGGCAGACAUCCUUCAAGCUGUAACAAUUACAAGUGAUGGGUGGGUAGAGGGGAUCCGGUUGUCGGAUGGAGAGAGGGGCUGGUUCCCCAAAACGUACGUGGAGGAGAUCACAAGCCGCAGUGCUCGUUUGCGAAACCUCCGUGAAAACAUUCGCAUUAAAUGUGUCUCACAAAAAUUAGAGGGAGAGACUCUCUGAGACCUUGAAGUAUGGGACAUUGUUUUACCUAAAGCUUGUUGUAUCAUCUGGUUUACCAAACCAGAGAAAAUUUGUGAGUCACUGCAAAUUUGUGUGAAUAUUUCAGAUUUCCAUGGCUAACAUUUUAGCUUUAGUAAGGUAUGCUGUAAAAAUCAAAAAUGUAUUGCAGAUAGGAUGAAUAAGACUAUGCAUCGCAUCUAUGGAGGACUAGAA